CGAGAUCAUGGCGUUUCAGGCCCUGGCACUGCUGCUCUUCCUGGCCGGUCCCGUCCUGCCGGGGCCCGAACCUCUGACCGGCCCCCGGUGCACGUACACCUUCGUCCUCCCCCAGCAGAAGUUCACGGGGGCCGUGUGCUGGAGCGGCGUCCGCCCUCCCCCCGAGCCGCCGGGCCCCAACCGCAGCGAGGUGGAGGAGUUGCGCUACCUGCUCGGCCGGCAGCAGGCCCAGAUGGACGAGCUGCGGCGGCUGGUGGAGGUGGACGGGGAGGUGGUGAGCGAGGUCAAGGCCCUGCGCAAGGAGAGCCGCAACGUCAACGCCCGGGUCACCCAGCUGUACACCCAGCUCCUCCACGAGAUCCUCCAGCGCCGGGAGCGGCCGGUGCAGACCUCCCAGCUGGAAGGGCAGGUGGCCAACGCCUCCGCCGAGGCCCUGCGGGUGGCCGCCAACUACCGCCAGCUGGAGGGCAAGUACCAGGCCUUGGCGGCCCUGGUGAACAAUCAGAGCGCCCUCAUCAGCCGGCUGGAGAGGGACUGCCAGCAAGGGAACGCAGGCAGGACACGCCCGCAGCCCCCUCUGGUGCCUGUGGUGCCCUACAACCCUUCCAGCGUCGCCAAUGAAAGCAGGGCUCAUUUCGACGCCAUCAAUGACAUCCAGCGAGACCAGAGUCUUCAGGCGGUACCUGUCCAGCCCCAGCACCGGGAGGAGGCUUCCGUCCCACCUGCUGGGACACUCCCGCCCCCUGUCCUUGUGCCCACCAGGACCACAGGGCCUUGGCAGGACUGUCAAGCGGCUCAGCAAGAUGGGCAGGCCACCGGAGUCACCAUGCUGGAGCCAGCGGGCUCCCCUGGUAUCUUCCAGGCCUGGUGUGACCAGGAUUACGAUGGGGGUGGAUGGACCGUCAUACAGCGGCGACAGGACGGGUCGGUCAACUUCUUCACCACCUGGCAGCACUACAAGCAUGGCUUUGGGAAUCUGGAAGGAGAGCAUUGGCUGGGCCUGGAUCACACCCACUGGCUGACCCGACAGGGCUCUUACGUGCUGCGAGUGCUUCUGGAAGACUGGAACGGGCGACAGGCCCAGGCGAGUUACGACACUUUUGCCCUGGCGCCCGAGAAUGAUUUCUACCGGCUGCGUCUGGGGCGCUACCAGGGCAGCGCCGGCGACUCCCUCUCCUGGCACAACGGGCGACAGUUCAGCACGCUUGACCGUGACCACGACGCUUACUCCGAAUCCCAUGAG